GGGAUUUAGACUGGUCACCAUGGCAGCACUUGUAUAUACUGUUGUAGGAGGAGAAUAGACCUGACUGCAGGCAUCACUUCCAUUCAGAAAUAUAGGUUUCGUCAGAGUUCAUGAGGAUCACAUUUCAACAGCUGCACCCUGAUGUAAGACUUUGGGAAAACUCUUUCCUAUACACAGGCUGCACCAGGCAGUGCUAGAAUAAUUCUGGAGAAUCUGACGUCUACUGGGUAUGGAUGUGUUUCCUUACUGGACAUUUCUCAUUUGCAGUCACUUGACUGUGAAGGCAGCAACCACCCUCUGUCAUGUGGAUUAUUAACCUCUUCACAUUCAGGGUUGGACAUAACACAGCCAUUUGCUGUCCGGCUCAUUCCUUCUGUAUGUUUACGCUCAGAGGAACCCUUGAAUGAACAGAAACAGCCAGUUCCGGAAAGAGACUCCAUAACCAUUCUCCAGACCCAGUGCUUCCAGCAGCUGGCCUGAUUGGCCAAUGAUGUUCCGAUGACCAUCUGCAGGAAGCCGUCUGGGAAGACAGUGCCUGGAAAGGCGGGCGAGGAUGUCGCAGUCGAGCCCUCUCAACAUUUCCGAAGAAAUGGCUGGAGUUGGCCUCCACACCCUUUACAGUUUGUGGCCUGGAUCACGUACCUUCUGUUCACUGUCAUUGGAUUUGGUGUCCUUGUUCCCCUGUUGCCCCGCCACUGGGUGGCUGCUGGUUAUGUGUGUUUGGGUGCACUGUUUGCAUUACACCUCAUCGUCCAUUUUUUGGCGGUAACCAUCGAUCCAGCAGAUGAGAAUGUACGUGCCAAGAACUCUCCUGGCCCACUGCCCGUGUUCGAUAGGACCAAGCAUGCUCAUGUCAUUGAAAACAUGCAUUGUUACAUCUGUGAAGUGGAUGUGGGUGCCAAAUCCAAGCACUGCAGUUUAUGCAAUAAGUGUGUCAGUAGUUUUGAUCACCACUGCAAAUGGCUUAAUAAUUGUGUGGGAGGCAAAAAUUACUGGCUGUUUUUUAACUGUCUUGUAUCUGCAUUCCUCGGCACCGUUCUUCUUGGUUCCAUUUCAUCCUACGUGUUUCUUGAAUACUUUGUUGACCCAUCUAUGUUGAGGAGUGACCAACAUUUUGAAGGUGGGACGAACCUGUCACAUGUAUGGUUUGUGUUCCUUCCAGCUUGCCCAGUGGAGACCCAAGCAUCCGUGAUUUUGGGCCUGGCAGCUCUUGUUUCAGUAAUGGGGCUCAUUACUAUUUUCCUGAUAGGACAACUGCUGUGCUUUCACAUCUACCUCUUGUGGCAUAAGCUCAGCACAUAUGAGUACAUAAUGCACCAGCGGCAGAAGCAGGAAAUGAAAUCAAAUAGCAAGUGUCUGGAAGAGGGGAAGACGCCACCUACAGGCCAUGCACAGGAGGAGAGUUAUGGAGGAAGCCUCAUAUAUACAAAUCCUGAGGUACUGAUUGAGGGUCCUUCAUCAGGGUCACUGAACACUGACUCUCCUAUGUCUGUAAAUGCUGAAAUUGCAGAUGGCAACCCCGAUUCAGACCAUAAGCUAUCACCAGCUCUACAGCAGAAGCCAAAGAAGAAGCAGAAGAAGAAGAAAAAGAAAAGCAACAAAAUAUCCCCAGAAGAUGCAAAUAGACAUGCUGGUCAUGAUGAGCCUGGCCAUGGUGUCCUUCCAGUUCAUGAGGAGAAUGAACUUCCAGUCUCACCAGCACCAGCUCCAAGCUUGGCCAGUAACGCUCCAAAUUUCCCAGCACGAUCUUUACCAGUCUUAGCUCCCAUCCAUCCGAUUCAAGCAGCAGGACCUCCUGCAGAAUAUCAUUCGGACUCUGCUGAGUCUAUGGAGGAAAUACCUGUUGCUCAAACUCAUCUUGGCAGCUCCUCUAUGAGUGAAAACCUCUUUCUCACCCCGAGGAGUCCCAGAAACUUAGCAAAUGAUUGUGAGCAUGGACCGAGGCAGAGCUGGCCUGUGACUGCACAGAAGUUUGAGCUUCUUCCGAAGGCUCCCUCAGUUUUUGUCAGUGAGAGCAGUGGAGAACUUUUAUCCAGUGGACUCAUGUUUGAACCCAAAGCACAGGACGCUCACUGCACACGCUACAAUAACAUGUGGGUAGCAAAGGGAAAAGGGGGAGAGCAGGUUCUUUCCAUCUCGAAUGCUGAAGUUUUACCCUCCUUAAAUACUAACCGGUAGUUGAAUGUUUUUAUAUGAAGGC